CAAAUGUCAAAUCAUCUGAAAUAUGCGCGAUGGAUGUUACUGCGGAAAUCAAAACAGUGAUACCCAGAAAUCUAUUGAAAGAGUAGAUUUCCAGCCUAUAUGAGGCCGUUAGCUAGUUGUUAAAAAUAGGAUACGACUAUAGUUGGAUAAUUGUCGCCUGCUUCAGAAUAUAACAGCAAUGAGCGUUCGUAACCGUGUUAGAAAGUCCUUUUCAAAAUCGUUAAAGGGGAAAGCCUGCAAAUUUCGAUUCACAGUCACUUAUGAAUACGUCGACUUAAAAUGCAACAACAGAUGGUAAGUGCGAUCUUAAGUACGAUUCUGUAAUAGUAAAGUAGCCUGUGUUUACCCUCAAUCAAGCCAAUAUCAAAGGCAAGCUUAGUUGUCAAAACGUUCGAUCCUUUGGAAUGUCUCCAAAGGUUUUGAGUCCGCGCCGACACCGGUUAUCUGUUGACAGUUCGAUUUUAUGGACGGUUUCGACAAAGAAAAUAGUGUCAAAAUUUAAUAGGAGACCACUCAGUCCUGUUUACUAUAUUUGAAUUAUUGUUUCCGUAUUUAAAAUUUCAAUUGAUUUGGAUUUCAUUUUAAGCCUCCGCGAUACGUGUUGAUGCAGGAAACUUGGAGAAAGAGUUAAUUAUUAAAUAAUAUUUUGAUUGUAGCACUUUUCGUUGCGCUUGUUAACGGUGUUGGCGAGAAUUAAAGAUAGCGAAAAGCGCGAAUUUCUUCCAUAGGUGUCGAUAAUUGUUGUGAAGCGGGUUUCGGAUUUAUUUAAUAUUCUAAUGAACAGUCAUUUGAUAUUUAAACGGUUUUUGUUAUUAAAUUGAUUCUGGUAUUUGUAGCGAAUUGGUAUUCAUGUUAGUCUGAUUAGCCUGCCUCCUGCUCGGCUAUUCCAAUUUGUCAAUUAUUGUAACAUUAAUACUAUAGCCGUAUCAGACUUAUUUACAAUGCAAGUAUUCUUUGCUGUCGAACUAUCACGUUGCAACACAUGUUAUAGUUUAACGCGAGUUUUGAAUCAACGGAAUGAACAAGCUACAAAUGGUUAAACAAGGUUUAGUCAGUGACAGGGUCAUCUCAAUCCUGGCUUCCAUAAAAUGGCCGUUUUUAUGCUAGAGAAGUUUAAGUUGUCUAAGACAACUUUAACGUAUCUAGCAUAAAAACGGUCAAUAUCUGUAACUUUGAAAUUUAAAAAUUUCCUCAAAAUGAUCUCAAACUAUUCAGGAAAAGUCUUGUUGUUCCUUCUAAAUUAGAUACAAUCUACAUUGGGAGAGUAUUAAUCAAGGCGACUGGUGCACAUAUGAUCAAAAUACCCUCAUAUUUUAUUAAUUUACCCAUAUGUUUAAUUUCCUUAACCCUUUAACUCCCAUGGGUGACCAAGACAGAAUUUCUCCUUACUAUAUCUAUACAGUAUCAUGCAGACAAGUGAUGAGAAUAAAGAAAAAUAUCAAUUAUGGAUUUACUUAUUGAUCCGAUACCAAAUUCUCCACACUAACAUUGUGGGAAUCAUUUGGCAGACACUAAGGAGAGUUACUGAUGAGAUCUUGGGAGUUAAAGGGUUAAAUCUAAUUGGCCUUCAAAAUAUUAACAGGCAGCCUUCUUGCUUGAGCAUUGUUUGGUUCAGAAGUCACCGUUCCAAAGUAUCAGAGAAGGUAUGUCGCAUGCACUAAUGGUAAAGUUCACUGGACUCUGACAACUCUAGGCAGAAAAGAAGUCUUAUAUUUGAGCUUACUGUUUACAAGCAAUUUUUAGAAAUUGAUUUUAUAUUGGCAGUAUUGAGAAUGUCCAACAAAUUCUUAGCUCCUGUAUCAAAUUAUAUUCUACAAGGAGUUACAUUUUACUUCUCUUUACACAAUUAAUGAUCAUUUAGCAAGGGCUCAGUAUGAGAAAAGAUUUUACUAUCAGCUAGAUGGUGUAAGACAUUAAAAUGACAAGCAUCAACUCUUUUUUCAAAAUUAGUUUUAUAAGAAAUUGUAAAGUCAUGAGAUAGGAGCACAAAACCUCAGAUCAUGAAUGUGGAACAGGUAGCCAUAAAACAGUGAAUAGAUAAGUUUGGUGAUUAGUCUGAUAAUUGGGGAGGGAGGGAGAAAUAAUUCCAUUUUUAACUGCUGUAAAUUUUACACAGUGAAAUGUUGAUAUUCAGAAUCAAAAGAAGUGUUUUGUGUGAUACAAUUGUCAACCAAUUUUGUCAUCCAUGAAAUUUGUUUAGUAGAAUUAAGGAUCAUCAAAAUAUAACAUUACUUUUUUGUGUGUUUGUCAACAGCCCACUUCAAAAGUGUCAAUUACUGAUGAAAAGACAGGAAUUGUUAGUUAUGCUGCCAACUGGUUUCCACCCAACUCCGUGGACUUGGUUGUCACGCUUUACAAGGUAUUUUGAAGUUUGAGGAACAAUGCCCUAAGUGAUCUCUAAUAGACUGCUAGUUUUCAUUCCUAGCAGACUUGUAUUCUUUUGUCAAACACAAGGAGAAUUUGAUUUUGUGUCAGAAGUCAGCUGGGGCUUUAUUCCAACAAAGCCAUGAGAUUGCAGGUUUGCUGCAACAAUUGGUACACAGCCUUGUUUUUUUUUUUUUGUGAUUAGAUGGCAACUAAAUUGGGUACAUUUUGAUAUCAGCAUGUAUAAGAUGUAUAAUGAGCUCAGCCUAAAUUUGACUGUCAUAAAUUUUCAGGAUUUUACUGGAGUCAUGUUUAGGAAGAAAGACUACAUGUUUGUCCUUGAAAAUGUAAGUCUUCUUGUGACCUAUUUGUAGCCAGCAUAUUUUUUUUAUACAGAGUAUUACAGCAGGUCUGCAGGAAAGAGGGAGGUAAGGGGUGGGGACAAUGAGCUGCCACUUGAAACAACACAGAAGUCUAUGUGCCAAGCACAUGCAAGAACGCCUCAAACGAAGAGUACAUGGAAUCAUCCAAUGCAUGUGCAUAUACAAAAAUGGCUGACUACUACAGAACACUGAUCCUCUUCAUUGUUAACUCUGUUAAAUUACAUUUAAUGCAUAUAAACAAGACAAGGAAUUAUCACAAGGAACAUUUUGCUCAAUAGUCAUGUGUAGUAUAAUUUAUUUUUAGGUUACUGCAGAUGCAAGGAAGAAACUUGCUAUUUUCCCUUGUAACAUGGCAGAGUAUGCCUCUCUUGACAUGGAAGUGUAAGUGUAUGAUGCUUUGGUCCCUAAUUAUUUGAAAAACAGUAAUUAAAAUUGGAAAUAGUUAGAGAGUAGAGAAGUAUGGCCAUUAUAAUUGUCACAUCAAGUUUUCAAUCAGUUAUCAUUGUGUAAGUAACUAUCAAGUGCUGGGGGUUACUUUUUUCAUGAGCUGUUGCCUAUGGUGAAAUAGGUAGCUGUGCUGUAAGGCAAAACCCAAACUUGAGAUCCUGCUUACAGGCUAAAGAGAUGUCAGUGGUCUUUCAGGGGGCAACAGACCAUUGCUAAUGGGCUUUAAGUGAACCCCUAAAGUAUGCUUCUUUGUGAUGUCUACCCAUUCUUCUGCAAGGAUCUCCCACACUCCUCAGAUCUCUUUGGAAUUUUAAUAACAGUUAGCAUUUCUAUAUAUGAGUUUAGAUUUGAUUUGGAGAUGGAAUUCAAACCCCUCUCCAAGAAGAUUGUAUCUGCAAGGAUUGGAGCAAAAGUUAGAUGUGAAUUUAUUAAGGAGGGAAGAGCAGAGUAAGUUCUUUGCAUAUUUACCAUUUACACCUUAACAUCAGAAUGCAUAUUCUCUAUACUGUUGUCUUUAAAUUUUUUCUGGUAAUUGACUAGGAUAAAAUAAUUGUUUUGAUCAUGAACUUCUUUCAUCAGUGAUCAUUUCUAUUAUUAAAGGAACUUCAUGUUUCAUUAAAUUAAGCAGACAGUGAUACUUUAAGGGGAAAGUCACUCUCAGUGGGUGAAAGGGUUGAUAAAUUUUGAUUUAUUUAGAGAGAAACUGUUAGGGGCCCCUGGACAGGGAAAAACAUGGUUUUGCUGAAAUGUAGUAAUUCCUUGACAGAAACUCUUUCCUUAGACAUCCACUGUACCCUAUGAAUUUCCUCUUAUUCCUUUCAAAUUUUAGGCUUUUUUUUUUCAGAAACAAAACUGACCUCUACUGUGUCCACUACGUAUUUAACAAUUUUGUGUAAACAAUCUGGCAUAGAGCAUCACUUAGAGGUUGAGACUUGGGUUCAAGUUACUAUUAAAUAAUUACUGGUAUUACCGAUGGAAUUGUUAAAACCCAAGACCAUGAAAAUGAGCCUCACUCAUUUUCCAUUCAUUUGCUUUUUGUUUUUGCAUUUUUUUAAAUUAAAUACCAUUUGCUUGAAAAAUCUUGUUAUUGAUUAUGUCUUUUUAAAUAAAAAAAUGAUUCUAAUAAUUUUUUUUCCUUUCCGUCAUUUCAAAGUGAGGAUGAUAUGCAAAGCAACUUUAGUCAUCUUAGUGAGGCAGAAUUCAAGUCAAGGUUGUCUGAACUGGCAGAAUGUAGUGAUGAGGAGGAGGAAGAAGAAGAAGAAGAAGAAGAAAACAGUAAACCAAGGGAAUCAAAUAAAUUGGCUGACCGUUCUAAACAGUAAGUCAUAAGUAAAGGACAACUGCAAUUGACAAUGAUAUUUGUUGAAACAGCCAUGACUUUAGGUGUUAUCAAUGGCUUCCUUCCUAGCCUGGCUCCAGUUGUUCCAGGGCAAAUAAUGCUAUUCAAUGGACAAAUUGCUAGAGGACAAGUGUUAACAAAGUGUACUGCACUGUCCACUGAAUAGAAAUUAAUUCAGCGGAUAGCUUUAUCCACCCUUUGAAAAAUCAGGAUGUGAUGUCUUCAUUGCACAUACACUUAACUAAGAUGAGUGAUGACAUUGCUUAACUUAGGGGUAUUAUACGUUAGAACAAGAUUUUUGAUGUACCACAAUUAUGUGUGGCUUGGUAGAACUUAAUUGCUUCAAAAAUUUAUCCAAAGAAUUUUUUCUAGUUUAUGGCUGUAAAAAUGUAAUGCUUGUGUGACCCACAUCCCCCCCUAAUUCAACAGAUUUCUUUUCAUUUCCUGUCUUCCUACAUCUGCUACAAAACAUACCUAUUUCCAAACCUUGUGUUUUGCAAUGUUAGGACAAAACAUUUGUAACCUAUGCACAACUUAACUAAGAUUGGUCAAAACCACACCUUUACAGGCUGCAAUUGCUUAACAAAAACUUUCAAAAGAGAGUGACCCUCCCUGGCAGGGCGUGAAAUUGCGCCUAAUACAGGCGCCAAUGCGACUAAAUUUUUCACUUUGGCGACCAAAUCCUGAAAAUUAGUCGCCAAAUUGGCGACUAGAAUGUUUUAUCAUAACCUUUCCAAGAGAUAAAGUGAAUUAAAAAGAUUUGCAAAGAUAAAUCCGCGGCAAACUUCCUCGUAAAGUUUGUUUCCAAAACGCAGCACAUGCAUCCCCAUCAAUAACUGGACGCCAUCUUGGAUUUAGUUGAGCUUAAACUUUGUAUAUCAACCAUCCUAGUGUCCACUUUGUAGCUCGUUAAAGAUCUUUUUCCUAACUUAAUUUUUGAUGAUCAAUUUAGAACGCUGACAGCGUAAAAAAAGGUUUUGUUUGUCUUUGAAAAUGGCGACCAACUUUUUUGGAAUUGGCUACCUCUUUCAAGAAUAUAGGAGCCAAGUGGCUAUCAGGAAAAAAAAAUUAAUUUCACGCCCUGCCUGGGUAUGUUAAACUAUUCCAGUGAGUCUUAUGUGUCUACAGGAUCCAGAAAACAGUACGCAAUAUACGCAAAUACGCAACAAAUCUAACCCUUCCUUCUUUUGAGUGCACAAGGACAAUACCUGUUACGAGCCAAUAAGAGUCCGAUUAAGACAAAUGGACUAUUUCAUAGGGAUCCAUUUCCAUAUUAUACUCAUUAUUUUCUUCUGGCCACAGCACAUGGUCUCGAUUUAUUGAUGAAAUGAAAACACUAGAGUACAGAAAUGUGGCCAUGCUGGGAAAUCCCCUUGCAGAUGCUACGGUCAGCGGUAACAACCAAGGUAAUAAAACUUAGUCUAAUUUGGGAUUUCUUUGGUUCAGUCUGGGGUGACUUAAUUUCCAACGUGUCUCGGUUGUCCUUCCCACUUAAACCCUUCACAAAAAUGACAAACCUCAAUUUGAUACCGUCACCCUCUGAAAAAAAUAAAUUUGAAGGGUCGUUUUAUUUCCUCGCGCACCUUUGAAUUCAAAAGAAAGUUCGAACCCUUCAAAUUGUAACAGGUUCUUUGAAGAAAAAAAAGUUAGGUCAAUUUUUUGAAGUGAUAAAUAAUUAAAUUCUCUGAUACAUAAUUAAAAGAACCAUAUGCUUGUCAGUCACGAGAUUUUUCAUGUUCAUGUUACUUCAAGGUUGACGAUGUUAAAUUUGCUUUUUUUUGUAGGCUAUGCAGAUGAUACGAGUAAGGAAAUUACACACGCAUCCCAAGAAACAGCGUCAGAAGAAGCAGACACCAAACGCAGCAAACUUUUGGAAAGAGACAGAGACAGAAGAAAAGUUGUCAGUGCCGCCUUUGAAGAUUUAAAAGAAUCAACGAUACCAGAAGAGGAUGGGGAGGAAGACCUAGAGGACAUGUCCAUCAACUUGUCGAGUUCAGCGAUGUCGUCACUGAGUUCUUUCAAAAACAAGUUUCAGUUUUCAUUCUCUGGAAAGAACAAGGUAAAUUGUUGACAAAAUUGUACGAUUAUUGAGCUUCAAAGAACGGUAAGAAGACCUUCUUGCUUAAAGCAAGUUUCUAAGGAAACUGUGGUGCUGCGUCUGUGGGGGAUAUUACAACAAAUCUGGUUCUAUCAACUGAGUUGAUAUACUCCUUGAAUACUUGAUAUGGAAUGGUUUAUUCCAAUCUCACUUCUUUUUUGCAAUACUUAUGUAAUCUGUGAUUUUUCUCCUCAGCGCAGGUCAUCAGACUCUUCGUCCGCAGAGCUACCAGGAAAUAUUGAGGUAUGCCAAUCUCAACUGCCAUUUGAUAAGUGAUACUACAAGUCCUUUUAUGGUCUAAAACUGGGAUAAUUUCAACGCAUUUAAGCCUCUUCCCUUUUUGAUGAACUCCUAAACCCUCAAGUCAACUUUUCUGCCGGCAGAGCGCUGUUGGACGGGUAUCGUGGAAACAAAAUCAUAGAGUAGCCAAAACGCUUUCGCAAGGGAUUGGUGUUAGUUUUGCGUCUGAUUGGUCGAGAGGGUGGCAUGAGUUUUCUAGACUAAUCCGUUACCUUUCUUGACAUUGGUAUGCAUGAUAUGUUAUUCGUCCUUAUGCGAGCAAGUUAGCCUUCUUUACCUCGCUUUUAGGUAAAACAUGUCGUAGUCUGAACGGCUCACUUAUCUCAAUGUAGAAAGGGUCUGCCAUUUAUGACAGACAGGUCUACUGAGCAUACUAAAACAACACCAGCCUAAUCCUUUGUUACUUCCCACGCUCAUGACGGCCAAUGCAAAAGAGUAGAAAUCUGGAACUGCAAGGAGUUUUACUCGCACAACAGUACAAGUUACUGCAUUCCUCGAAGAUAUGAUAGGAAGAGGUGAUGCAUAACUAUUUACUUGCUCAUCUGUUCAUUUUUUAUUUCGUAAGACCGUGCCUUCUGAAACUCGUGAAAAGAGAGUCUCUGAUUGGCUGCAGGAAAAUCCUCAUGAAGAUGGCGAUAGUCAACUGAGAGUCGAGUACGUCCUUUUCAUUCAACUUAUUUUUUUGACUUUUUUGUUGAGUCUUUUUGGUUGUUGACUUUAGAAGUUUUUAUUGUUUGUCGUAUUAUUGUGUUUUUUUUUUCCUUCAAUGGAUUUAAGAAUUUGGGAGAUCGAUAAGUUUGUGAUACGAAAGGUGGGUUGCGUUUGGUGUCUGAGUUACCUCGGCUUCGAGAUAGUGGGUAGUUCGAGAUACCAGGGACAAGAAAUCUUCCAAUUUAAAUUUACAGUAUUAUUUGUAAAUAAUAUUAUAACUAGGAAUCGUUUUCUUUGAGAGCCCCUACGCCUAGUUAGUCAAUUCUUCAAAUACCAAAAUUUAUGGUAGGUAUUUUCUUUCCCUUGUGUAGGCAACUUGAGAAAGAUAACAUGAACUUGAGAGCCGCUUAUCAAAAGCUUGUAACCAAAGUAACCGACUUAGAAAAAGAGAAGACGGACAUGCAAUCUGAAUUGGAACAGCUGGGGAUAAUGGCGGAAUUCGGAAAGUCAGACUUUGCCAGGGAAAGGGAUGAAUUACAGGCAGAAAUUACCGAGCUGCAAAUGUUAGUUGAAGACUUGAGGAUGCAGGUACAUAUGGAAUAACUUUAUCCCUCCACUUGGAACAGUAAAAAGUUAAAGCUUCCUCUAGAAUCUGAAACGUUCAGAACAAUCAGGCAUCAAGUUACUUUUUUAAUAUGUUUCAAAAGAGAUCUGAAGCCCACAGUUAUGAUAGAAGGAUUGCCAACAGCGUAAACCUCCCAAAGUGUUUAGAGUGCCAUUAAUGUGGAACUCCGUACCACCCGAAUGAUGGAGUCGUUCAAACAUGGCAAUUCUUAAACACAGCUUAAGGGAUCACCUAAGAAGUUUAGUUUUUUCAGUAGAAAUUAACCCGAUCCUAUAGUUUUCUGUAGUAGUUGACUUCUCAUUUAUGUAUUAUAGAUUAAAUUACUUUUCUUUAUCAGUCUCUUUUUUUAAUCAAUGUUGUAGUUAGGCCGGAACAUGUCGAUUGGGGAGUCUAAAUAAGAUGAUGUAUUGACCCUUAAGCUCCCAUGAGUGACCAAGACAGAAUUUCUCCUUACAAUAUCUAUACAAUACCAACCAUAUAAGUGAUGAGAAUGAUGAAUGAGAUCAAUUUGGGGAUAAUUAGUUGAUCCAAUACUAAAUUAUUUGAACUAACAUUAUAAGAAUUGUAUGGUUGAUAGUAGGGAGAAUUGCACAUUUGAUCUGGGAGUUAAAGGGUUAAAGAAAGGGUUUAUAGUUUCUUGUAAAUAUUCACACAUUUUUUUGUUGUUAAGCUUGGAGAGGCAGAAUCCAAAUUGACAGACACGUCGGAAAAGGAAGUUACAACAGCAAGUUAUGAAGUGAGAUUCUUUGAUAGUAGCCAACUCUUUCGUACCUUGCUCGGGGGGUUAAGUUGGUAAAACGAAGCGCAAUUGAAUAAUAAACAGCACAAUAGUCGCGGAAGAGCGAAAAAACAAUGUUUUUUUUACUGUUCCAAAACAAUGUCACUCCGCCGAUACUAUUGCGCCGCGUACUUUGUCGCUCCGAUUUUACUAACUGAACGCCUGGAACAGGCUAGGUGUUUCUAUAUUCUCCACUCUCCCUCCUUACUCAUGCAUCUAUCUUACAUGAAAUGUGUGCUUUGUGUAUGAAACUUUUAACGGGCUGCCAAUGUUCUUACUGACGCAGGGAGGUAAAAAGAAUGCACCGAAAACAAAGGUAAGAUCUGUUCAGCAUCCUCGCUAAUGCUUACAUGAAGCUCCAUUUCUUUUUUCCUGCUUGUGACACAUUUCCUCUUAAAAUGAAACGCACCAUCCUCGCAUUUAAAAGGCCAUAGGUCAUUUAUUCUAUUUUUGUCAUGAAGGGACCCUUAAGGCUUUCAAGACGCAAUCAAAACUAUUGCUAUGUUUAUUCGCCAUGUUAUUGUUUUGCACUUUGUUGUAAAUUUUUUGCUUUAUCAGUUGUGUGAAGUCCGUGGCUGGUUAUGCAAGAGAGGCGUGAAAGGCCUCACGGGACGGAAAUGGAGACGCCGCUGGUUUUCAACUGAUAAGGAUAGCAGGCUCUACUAUUAUCAAAAAAAUAACAACACAUCACCAAGAGGGUAGGUACCUUUGGUAUAAGGAAGACGAUUCUUCAAAUCUGUAUUUACAGGCACAACCAAAUCCUAUAGUUAAUUGUCACGAGUAAUCCCUAUUCCUCUUUCCAAUCCUCUGUCCGCUGCGUAGCUGGCGGUUAUAUGUGAGCCUGACAGUUUUCGUGCGCUUGGUGACGUGUCCCAAGCCUAUAGCGACUUCGCCGUGUAUGUAAAACCACCAGCUACGCCAGCCAUAUUCUAUCGCUAUUCGACUGAAAACGGCUAGUUCUAUUGGAAGUGCUUAGUGAACUCUAACUAUGACCCCUUACCAGGUUCUCUAAACUUAAGUAAUCGUCAACGAAAGCAGUCCUUUUUGGGGCUACCCACUCUUGGACGAUCACUUUACCUUCCCCAAAGUUGGCGCUAUUUACUACAGAAGCUAUAACUUGUUCCAAACAUUCAGUCAGUGAAACGAAGUGCGAUAGUAUUGGUUGAGCGAAAAAAACCAGGGAGCUUCGCUCCGCUACUACUAUUAAGUCCAUUUUUCUAACUGAAUGCCUGGAACCGCAGACUGCUGAAGUUUUGAUUCGACAAUCAGUCUGGUCUUUAGGAUUCCUCCGAUAAUUUAACAAAUCGACAUACGUUUAGCAUGGUCUGUACUCUUAUAGAUAAAGAUAUUCGUCAUCGCAGUGAUAAAAAUGUUGUGGACUUGUGAUGACAAAUGUCGUUGUCGACAAAAGUACAGACCACGCUAAACCACUUUCGAUUUGUUUUUUGCCAAAAUAUCGACGUUAACUUUGGAUAAAUUUCCUAAUCAUCCAGGUUUGAGAGCUGAUCAAAAGCAUUGCGUGACACGUUGCUGCGAGCAGCGAUAUCUGUUCUCUUAUCGACGACGGAAAAUCGGCCAAUCAAAUUGCGACGUAUUGCCAAUUGUGGCACAAAUGUAAAUUUGUUUCGUUUUUUAUGUAGCUUUAUAGAUCUUGAUGUAAUUAUUGCCGUCCAAGACCAGCCUCCCUCGCUGCAGGACAUCAACAAUGCUUGCUUCAAUGUGGUGACUCCCACAAGAACAUACGAGCUUAUGGCACACGAUGAACAGGAAAAGCUCAGGUACGGAACGCCUUAUUCUGAAUUUUAUUCUAUUUUGUAUCUUUUUGUUCUAAUUAUUUAUUUGUUUACCUAUUUAUAUGAUAUUCUAAGAAAGAUGUUGUCAGGGAAUGACACAGGUAUACUCGGACAAAUAAGAAGUACGAUGCCCCCAAUACGAGUCGAACCUUUCGAUUGGCAUUGUGGUGUUUUGGGCCACGGUUUUCAGGAAAUUUUUUUCGCUUGAUUCCGAACAGACCAUCUGUGUGAUGCUUGUCAAAUACACGAUCAACUAAACGUUGGCUUACACGCCCAAAUUCAUUAGUUGGGAUACUAAGUGCUUUUGCUGCUGCUCUCAAUUUUAGUCUCCAAAAUGCCGCGUACAAAAUGACAAUUAACAAUGAACAGAGAACAGUGCAAGUGGUGUUUCAAUGAGGUGAACCAACAAAUCAUUAUAGGUAAUAACAUGAUUUCGAGUGCAAUUUGGUGUUCAUAAGCACGACUAGAUUUUUUAAAGACAACAAAAUUGCAAGAAAGCGAGCGCGCGCUUUGUAAUUUUUACUCCUGUUACAACUUUGCAAACGUGUUACAACUUCGCUCUCGUGUCACAUGAGAAUGCAUUCGUUUUCAGCCAAUCAAUCAGAAUUUUUUCCUUUAUAUUAUUAUGUCUGAGGGUGUAGCUCGUUCACCAUUUUCCUCAGAUAAUCAACUCUAGGUUUCAUGUUACUCGGUUGAUUGGUCAUCCGAGCGCGAAAUCGGAGGCGCGAAUGCUCGAAUAUUCGACGCUUCUCUUUUUUCAAUAGAUGAAACACGGGAGGCUCUUGGUACUGCGGAUCGUAGCUGCAUACAGGGCGAUUGUCACAAGUAAAUCUGGGAAACCUGUGGCUUAGCUUGCUCACUAACUCCACGCUACUUAAUCAUCAGAUCAUGUGAUUGCGGAAUCGCAACUGAGUGAAUGUCAAAUCUUUGUUGGGGACUUAACGUUGUACUAAACUUUUGACAGACGUUAAAACUUCUGCCUUGAGUCUGUUAAUUUUUUUGUGCUAGAAUUGGUUUGCCGCGACUCGACCAUGGCAUUUGAAGGUGUCACUUGUGCGUCGCUAUGUAUUAGAAAUUACGAGGAUAUUUCGAAAGCGAAAGACCAUUUUCUUCCUUAAUUUUAUUCCUGUUAUUGUUCCCUUUCCCUAGGUGGAUCAAUGCUUUGGAUUAUCUCCGCCACUGGAGAAACCGUUUGGCGUCCUCCAACGAAAACAAAUAAUAGCACCCUUGCUGGUCCUCCUCUGGCUUUGGCCGGUUUCCAAAAGAAUAUAGGUUGCAGUUAUGAACAAUUUACAGCUAUUUUCUUAGUCAUAAUGAAAGAAAAAUAUGGAAAUUUUAAAGCAUAACAUAUUUCUUUAAGAGUUAUUUCUUGAAUUUUUCGGGCUAUUAUCUGAAGUUUUCGAAGACAGCUGCCUCUCAUAGUUCUACAGCCUGAAUAGCAUAGAUAUGAACAGAAACAUUAAGCUAAAAGAGUCCGAGAAUAAACAGGGGCUAUAUUUGAAGGCAUUGGCGGAACCACAGAGGACGCGCGUGUAGAAAGUCGUUCCGGAAGUGGUAAUAUUCUCUUGUUUACAGUGGUGCUACCCAGUAGUGAUAUCAGUAGUGAUUGCUUUGAAAUAAGUAAGAAGUUACAAAAUGAGGCUUCGUUAUUAUAUAGAUAUUGAUGAAAUACCAGAAUUUGGAGCAACUACAGAAUACAGGGCCACUGAGGUCCACUCUAUGGGCAUGCUCUGAAGAAUGCAGAACACAAUAGGAUGUGUGGUGAUUUAAUGAGAUAGAAAUAAGUGGCCCUGUCCUCAGUAGUUUUAUCCAGAAUUGCUCCUUUUUCAAAAAACAUGCAUUCACCGCGCGCAAUAAUCGCACUAUAUUACUAUCUUAACAGGUGAAGAUAUUUUUGACUUUGAUUAAAUUACGAACAUUGCUGAGGUUGAACUUCAACUUUUUAAGAGGAAAACAGUUUUUUGUGAUGAACACUAGUUUUUUUUUUCUAUUUUUUUAUCUCUUUUUUUAUGUAAGAAGUUGAAUUAGCUUUUCUACAAGCUCAGUUUAUACCAGACAUGCUCUUAGAAGAUGGUCAAAAUUUGUCUUUCAUUUAAAUAUGACCCAGCCUGCUUCGCAGAGAUUCACAUUGGCAAUAUUAGAAAAAUAUCGCAAAUGUUUUCUGUCACUAUUUCGAAUUGUUAACUUUGAAGGACAGACUCUAUACCUGGCGUGGUACACGAAAGUUAUUCAAGAGAGGAUCGUCUCUUGUUUAAGGAAACAUUUUGUUCUUUUAUUUACUUUUUAGAAGGAUUACUCCAGUUCAAAAGGAGAAAUAGGGUCUUCGAAUUUAUAGAACUUAUGUUUUCGCUCUAGAAACAUAUCAUUUAUUUACACAAAGUAAUGUUACAAUAAUAAGAAGGAUAUCUCAUCAUAUACUCUUAGUAUAUCUUUCGGAAAUAUUGUUUGAGACUGUCGUGUGUCAGUUAUUUAGUGCAUCCAAAAUAUCCUGUUAAAGAGAGAGAGAAAAAGGAAACUUGAAAGAGAAGAAAAAGGAAACUUGAGAAAAUCGUUGCUUCGACAUGCCGCCCUUUGACUAUUUGAUGGACAGACUUGCCUUUUUUUCAGUUCCCACUCGUAGACUAAUUACAUAAAAAAUUUUUUUUCAGAAUAAUGAACUAUCCAACCUUAUUUACAGACAUUUUAAUGCGUAAACUAGGAAAUCCACACCUAUUGCCAUGGGGAUUCUGUAACAAGCUAUCUGUGUAUUUUUGAACUUCGCUUAAGUUCGCUCACAUCACGUCCAACAAAUUUGAAAGAAGCAUUUUAACACUUGAAACACUACUGAAGUUUUCCAUCCACGCGGGAGGAGGGAUGAAGUAUUUUCCCAAUCCUCGGUGUUGAAACGCUUAAAUGCACCCUUAAGCGUGCGCAUUAGAGUCUAGAGUUCGCGCGCAAAAAUCUCGGAGAAGAAUUGUUAUCAUCUUCGAGAGAGUUUCCCGUCCUUAUCAAACUGCAAAGGCGAUAAUUUUUACUUGUUCAUUCCGCGUAGCUUAGCAUCAAAUGCUUAAGACAUCUCAAGCUGCUUAGAGUCAUUACACCUUUUGCUAGGCAUUAACGCAAAGUAUUCAUUCAUUUGUGUCGAGCGUUGGUUCAAUAAAAUCAUUGUACAUUCAUUAACGCCAUACUAAACUUCAUUGAAGCGGAGUAAACUUUAAAUAGUGCGAUUAAUAUAUGCAUGAACAUUCAAUAGCAUCAAGGUGCAAUCUAUAGCACCUUUGGACAUUCGUACACACGGAAUGUAACGUUAAUAGCACGAACUGACAAACCAUAGCAUUUAUGGACAAAUAAUAGCACGGUGCGAAACAACAUUAACAACCAACAAAGAGCGAUUAGAACUUGGAGAAAGACUGCGUGUUCGCAC